AACCACAAGAGGCUGUGCGCGCGCCGUGGAAGUCAAGGCUGCGGAAUUGUAUUUUUAGUCGUACUCGGGCUCCGUACGUAGAUUGUAAGACACGAAAAAACUUGCGAACAAUAACCGGUGCCAGUAUGCAUUUUGUGUACGGAUCUACACAACGCAAUUGCGCCUUCUUAAAUGGCACUUACAAACUGCCACACUUCUAGUUCGCUUCGGAGGAUUGUGUUUGCAACCGGGCUAGCGGUGACGAAGAAAAUGAGCUACAGAUAGCCAGCCACACAGACGAAUUCGCCGUAACGUUACUUCGCCGUGGACCGAUCCUGUCGUUUCCCGAUCACCGAUAUCGGGACUUAACCGUUCUCAUAGUUGUACAGAAACAGCCUCCAACGAGGCUCCACGAUCUCGGACCGGGUCUGCCUCGCCGCUCGGUCGGCAGUGCGGCGCAGACACGCCGGGGGACGAGCACCGUGUGACGGCUACUCCUGUGUGGCUAGCUCGCCUCAGCCUGCGACUGGAGCCAAGGCCUCGUUCGUGAGGCGACAAUGCUUGGAAUAAUGUCCGAGCACCAAGAUUCAUUAUUGACAUGCAAGACUGAGCCUCUGCCUCCUGAAAAGAGAAAGAGGACAGUGGAGGACUUUAACAAGUUUUGCAACUUUGUUUUGGCUUAUGCUGGCUACAUCCCAAGCCCAAAAGAGGAGAGCUCAUGGUCGCCCACUUCCUCGAGCUCUGCUCACAGCUCGGGGCUCUUGGGAGAUGGCGGCGGCGGGGGCGGUGGUAACGGAGGCGGCAGCUCCAUGGGUGCCACCUGGGGGGACGGCAGCUCCGACAUCCACACCAUCCACACGUUUGUGCGCAAAGCACGUGCCAACAAGGGCAAAAACAUCCGCCGCAUGCACUCGGAUAGCAGCCUGCUGGACAAAAUGCGCCUUAAGGACUCUCUGUACGAGAGCCAGGUCGGACACAAGGCCGAGCGCAAGAAGGACAAAAAGUUGAAAAAGCUCUCCCUGGGCUCGGCCGGCACGGUUGCGGACAGCGGCAGCAGCGAGGGAGAGAAGCGCGCGCGCAUCAAGCGCAGUAAAAACCCCAAACAGCCCAAGGCACCAAAGAAGCUCAAGAGCUCCACCACCCAGAGCGAGACGGACUCGGAGGCGGGACACGUGCACGGCCCGGAGGCGCGGCCCGUCCGGGACGAGCUGCUGGCGCACGGCGCGAUGUCCCCCGGCGCCCAGGGGCCCGGCAAGGUCCAGACGGACGAGUCCAACCGGGAGGCGGAGAUGAGCUCGAGUGAGGGCGAGACCUGGAUCGCCGACGAAGACAUCAUGGUGGAGUCAGGUGACGAUUCGUGGGACUUGAUCACGUGCUACUGCGGGAAGCCAUUUGCCGGCCGGCCCAUGAUCGAGUGCAACCAGUGUAGCAUCUGGGUGCACUUGUCGUGCGCGAAGAUCAAGAAGUCCAACGUUCCUGACAUCUUUUACUGCCACAAGUGCAGGGACGUGCGACGCUCGGGCCACAAGAAAGACCCUUAAAGCGAGGGACACAGCGGCGGCGGAUGGAGCACGCUCACAAGACCUCCCACCGAGACCUGUUUAUUUGUUUGUUUGUUCCUUUUUUGGUUCUCAUCGUCGUCCUCAGAAAAGCCUAAUCCCUGCGAUGCCUAACGCCACGACACCCCAGUAUCGGUACGGGUGGAAACUGUAGGUGACCCCUCUUCAAGACAAUCACAGCCAUUCUUCAUUUGUCAAGUCUGCUUCUUUGUUUAUUUUUUAUUUUUUAUUCGCGCCCGCUCACACACAGCUCGAUGGAAUGCCACGGUUACAGUGGAGAGUUGUCUUUUUGUAAUUCGAUUGAUUCAAUUUUAGAUUGACCGCAGGGGUUGCAUUUUGGUUUUUAGAUACAACAGGAUUAUCUACCGUGUCGGUUAACAUAAUUCCCAGUAGGUAUGUCAUAUUUGGGAUAGACGUUCUUAUUUUUUCAGUUCCAAAGAAAAAUAUCAUUGACUUUGGAGCGAAUCUCCCCCCACACACACAGACUUAUAAUCAAUGCAAACCCUUAUAUUGUAAAAAGAAAACGACAUGACUACAUUGAAGGAAAAGGUCACUAUUGUUAUACGUAAAGAAUUGUCUAUGUUCUAGAUGGGCAGCUCACUUUCCGUUUUAAAUUUCAGCAAAUAGUUUGCUUUUAUUUAGCAAUUUUGAGUUUGUCUUGAAGUGUACACCUCCAUGAACGUUUUCAAUCUUAAAGAUAUUUGUAUUUAAAAGAAAUACUCGACUCAAACACUUUUUUUGAACUGUACACAAAUGGAAUAUAAACGUCUGAACUUCAAAAUGCAUGCAGAACAUUGUUUUUUUCUUUCCAACAGUGCACUUUUUAAAAGAGGAUCCCUCGUACACCUGUUGCUAGGCAGAUGGGUUAUGGGCAGUCUCAUUAUGUAUGUAACAACUCUCCAUGAUUCAGUGCUUAACAAUUCUGUCUGGCUUGUCAACUGUUGCUUUAAAGUUACCAUAUACUACCUUUUUUAUUUUAAGGUUAAUCUUUGAACCUGAUAUUAUUUGUUCCACGUUUUAGUAAUCUGAUUUUCAGUUGUGGAAGAAGAAGAAGAAAGCUAGAGGCAGUUGCGAGACAGUGCAUGAAUGGUUGUAAAAUAUUUUUUUGUUUUUCUUCCUGUAAAGGCGGUGAGGGAUUGUCCUCCAAUUAACAGGAGUCUUUGGUAUGAUUGGCUUGCGUCAAGAAGAAAGCUGGCCGUAGUGUACAGAACUAGAGGUUUAGGACAAACAAAAAUGGUCAACGAAUGGUGGUCCUUUCUUUUUUUUUUUUCUGUUUUGUUUUUACCAUUUACCAUUUGCAUUUCCUUUUCCCAGUGGGAGAGUCUUGGUUAGUCCCCAGUAGAAUUUGCACUCUUCAUACCCCUCCUUCAAAUUUAUGUACAUAUCCUGUUCUUUGACAACUGUACAUAUGUGAAAGUGAAGAGAAAAUAGCCAAGCAAAUACUAUAUUUUCUGCAUUCUGAUUUUGUUUUCUUUAAUUGUAGCUUGACAAAUAAAAGGUCGUUUUGGGGAAACAUCA